ACAAAGUCAAUGGAAAGAGUGAAUCAUUCUGUGUCAUCAGAGUUUGUGUUCCUUGGACUCACCAACUCCUGGGAUAUCCAACUGCUGCUUCUUGUGUUCUCCUCAGUGUUGUAUAUGGCAAGCAUGAUGGGAAACUGUCUCAUAAUUUUCACAGUGGCUUCUGACCAUCACUUACAUUCCCCUAUGUACUUUCUUCUGUCCAUCCUCUCCUUCACUGAUGUGGUUAUUUCUUCUGUCACUGCACCAAAGAUGAUGUAUGACUUAUUCAAAAAACACAAAAUCAUCUCCUUUAGUGGUUGUGUAAUUCAAAUCUUCUUCAUUCAUGCCAUUGGUGGUGUGGAGAUGGUGCUGCUCAUGGCUAUGGCCUUUGACAGAUAUGUGGCCAUAUGUAAGCCUCUCCAUUAUCUGACCAUAAUGAGCCUCAAGAAGUGUAUCUUCUUCUUAAUUACUGCCUUAGUAGUUGGCCUUAUGCACUCUGUUAUGCAACUGGCUUUCAUAGUAAAUUUACCUCUCUGUGGCCCUAACAUAUUGGACAACUUCUUUUGUGACCUUCCUCAAUUCAUCAAACUUGCUUGUAUAGAUACAUACAGAUUGGAAUUACUGGUCUCAAUCAAUAGUGGAUUUAUGUCUAUAGGUUCCUUCAUCAUACUGCUCAUUUCCUAUAUUGUCAUUAUAUUUAGUGUUCUGAAACACUCUUCAAGUGGUUCCUACAAGGCUCUGUCUACCCUUUUAGCUCAUGUGACUGUGGUGGUAUUAUUCUUUGGUCCUGCCAUAUUUUUCUAUACAUGGCCUUCUUCCUCUACACAUUUGGAUAAGUUUUUGGCCCUAUUUGAUGUAGUUGUUACUCCUUUUUUGAACCCCAUGAUCUACACAUUGAGAAAUCAAGAAAUGAAGAUAGCAAUUAGGAGAAUAUCCAGCCAGCUAAUGGGUUAUAGAAAAAGCUCCUGA